CGCGGAAAGGGGCGGGGGGAGACGCAUCUCCAUGGGAGUCGUUGCCGGAGCAGGAACCGGCCGCAGCGCCCGGGCUGGGCCCACGCAGAAUAACUUUGACUUGGAUAGCAGAGCUUGGAUUGCAGUGGAUUCCUGAAUUACCUGUGUUUAAGAAUAAGCGGCACAGAUUUCAAGAUGAAUGCCAUAAUGGAAACCCCCGAGCUGCCCGCAGUGUUCGAUGGGGUGAAGUUGGCCGCUGUAGCUGCUGUCCUCUACAUCAUUGUCCGCUGCCUCAACCUGAAGAGCCCAACUGCCCCUCCGGAUCUCCUUUACCAAGACACUCCUUUGUCCCGCUUCCUACUCAAAUCCUGCCCUCUUCUGACCAAAGAGUAUGUUCCACCUCUGAUCUGGGGGAAGAGUGGGCACAUCCAGACUGCGCUUUACGGGAAGAUGGGGAGAGUAAGCUCACCACAUCCAUAUGGUCUUCGCAAGUACCUCACAAUGCCAGAUGGUGCAACAGCAACUUUUGACCUCUUUGAACCUCUGGCUGAACACUGCGUUGGAGAAGAUGUCACAAUGGUAAUCUGCCCCGGAAUAGCCAAUCACAGUGAGAAACAGUACAUUCGAACUUUUGUCGACUAUGCCCAGAAGAAUGGCUAUCGAUGUGCUGUGCUAAACCACCUUGGAGCUCUGCCAAACAUUGAACUGACUUCCCCACGCAUGUUCACUUAUGGUUGCACAUGGGAAUUUGGAGCCAUGGUAAACCACAUCAAGAAAACAUAUCCGCAGACGCAGUUGGUUGUGGUGGGAUUCAGCCUGGGUGGAAAUAUAGUAUGCAAAUACCUAGGGGAGAGCCAGGCUAACCAGGAGAGUGUGUUGUGCUGUGUCAGCGUGUGCCAAGGGUACAGUGCCCUGAGGGCACAAGAAACCUUCAUGCAGUGGGAUCAGUGUCGGAGAUUUUACAACUUCCUUAUGGCAGACAACAUGAAGAAAAUAAUCUUAUCUCAUAGAAAUGCCUUGUUUGCUGACAGCCCUAAGAGGCCCCAACCUUUGGUGGAUACAGACCUGAACAGACUUCACACAGCAACAUCCCUCAUGCAGAUAGAUGACAACAUCAUGAGGAAAUUCCAUGGCUACAACUCCUUAAAGGAAUACUAUGAACAGGAGAGUUGCUUGCGUUUCUUGUAUAGGAUCUUCGUUCCCCUGUUGCUGGUUAAUGCUGCUGAUGAUCCUUUAGUGCAUGAUAGUCUGUUAUCAAUUCCGAGAACCCUUUCAGAGAAGCGGGAAAAUGUCAUGUUUGUCCUGCCGCUACAUGGAGGUCACCUGGGCUUCUUCGAAGGUGCAGUACUCUUUCCUGAGCCUCUUACGUGGAUGGAUAAGCUUGUGGUGCAGUAUGCCAAUGCCAUCUGCCAGUGGGAGAGGAAUAAAUCUCAGUGUUCUGAUACGGAACAGUCGUCGUCCGGCCAGGAGUAAAUGGCCUCAGAGACUUUUCAGGUGGUUCCACCUUCUCUCUCCCACCCCCAUCUUCUGGGAUUCUUACUACUUCCCCCGCUUUACCAGGCGUGUCGACAUCUUGAAGUCUGUCUGCAGUGUUUCAUGCCAAAGCAGAGGUACAGCAAAGGGGCAACGUCAGGUUGGAGUAUGUCUGAAUGUUUGCAGUGCUCCUUUUCGUGUAUUUAAAGAACUGAUCCACUGUAUUGAUGAGUUGCUGUCCGUGACUUGCUUCGAGAUUCUGAAACCCAUGCGACAGCCAAACUUCUUCUAAAGUAGGAAGAAGGUCCAGUAGUCCUGACCAUCGGUUCAUACCUUCCUGAUCAAAAACUCUUCUGGAUUUUUGCAGAAUUACGUCUAGCUGUUAGUGAUAUGGGUUUAGGAGUUGUUCUCUCUUUGUGUUCGCAUUUCUUCUCUCCGUCCUCCCCCCCACACACCAGAAUGGGUGUGAGAACCUUAUAUCAAAUCCGUAGAAGAAACCAGCAGUUCACUUGGCAGGUCGCCAUUGCUCGUUGUCCAUGAAGCUAAGGGGAAGAUGUGGGGAUUGGAAGUUUCCAGAAAAUGUUCCUUUGUCCAUUCUGUUGAAUGCACUUUUGAUGGUUUAGAUCGCUAUGAAAGCCUUUAGUUGUGUUAUCAGCACUUUCCGUUACUGCAGAUUCAGAAUCCCGGAGUUGAGAGCGGAGUGCAUUCAGUCACACAAGUUGCUUUUGGUUGGGACUUCAGGAUUGGUCAAUUCAAUAGAUUCUGUGCUGGGUUAACACUUCUUGUGAGUGACCUUGGUAGCCUUGCGAUACUUGCCUUUUCUAAUGUAAGGACUUUUAUUUCAACACAGGGUUCCUUGUGUGCUCUUAACCCAGGCCUUUUUAACGCUGUCUUGAGUGGAAGCCAGCUACUGUCAGCCUGUGGGUCCUUAAUUUUCCUCUUUUCAGAGUACUUCAUAAUGGAUCAAUAUAUAUGCUUUUAGGAACUUGUGUGCGGGGGUGGGGGAGAUAUGAUAUCCGUGUUUGUUUUAUGUGCGUUUGUUCCACCUCUUGUGUAAGUCAGAGCAGCAAAUCAAAAGGAAAAAAAAAAUCUCCCCAAGUUUUUAAAGCAUUGAAUGGCUGUUUCAGCCACCGUGACUUGCCUUAGAAAAAUGGACAGUCGGCGAUCAAAAACCUUAAAUUUGGUAAGAUGUUUCUGUGUGGUUAGAUGCUACUGAAAUUACUGAGAACUUGCAGGGGAGUUUUAGGAGUCUGUUGGGGCACUAGCAUGCUCCUUGUUGCAAAGCUGUUGUUUUUUAGCACCAAGACAACUACAGCCAAUUGGCAAGUGUGGCAGGUGGGUGACCUACAGUAUGAAAACCCAGAGUCUUUCUGCUACUGUACAGUGGAGAGACAGAUUUCUGAAGUAAGCCAGACAGUAGUCACCCAGGAGGAAAAAAAGCUCACCCUAUCAAAUAUUUUUAAAAAAUUAAAAAUCUGGUUAGGAUGAUGGUGGAACUUCAUGGUCAAACUCUGCUUCACUUUAACUUCCCAUUAGUAUUGUUUGUGGCCCCCUUCAUCUCUGCAGUUUUCUCAUAAUAACGGCUAGCACUUUAUUGUUUCAGUCUUGGUUUUGCUUUCAGGGCACUUUAAUUGUAGCCUUUUAUAUGCAUAGGAAGAUUUCCUGAACUCCAGCGCUGUGCUGUACGCUUCCAGGACCAGUCUCUGGAAUUCAGAGAUGCAUAUGGUUGGUUUCUUUGUUCUUUUUUUGUUCUGUUUUAAUUGAGCAAUAAUUAACUACUUCAGCAAAGGUGCUUUUCUUUCAUCAAGAAUCAAGUUCUUUCAGUUUGCCUUAGGCCAGCAACUUUGAUCUGGUCAACAAUCUGUGAUCUAGGCUCGCUUUCAUGUGAGGAAAAACUGAGGACCUGUUCUUCCCUCAAAUAGAAGGAACAAAUGACCAAGCCAAAAGCUGGCAAAGCUUGUGGAUUUUCCCUACUCCUACACAACACUUUUUUGUUUUUGAAGAGUGGGUUUUAAGAUACGCGUCAGCGUCUUCAUAUGCUCUUCUCUGGAGUUUCCUAUGCAUCAAAAUAUUCAAAAAUAAAACAUACUGGGCAUAAAAUUUUGCAUAUCUAAUGUAGUAGUUCCUAUAAACAGGGGAGAACACUACGUAGACCCUCUCUCCUGCUUGAGUAGAAGAGGAUAUAGAAGCUUAAGUCAGUUUUAGUAGCUACAGUAUAUAAAAGAGGAAGUGAUGUGGCUUCUCUCGCAGCAGAUUUAAAAAUUUUAAAAGGUAAACUAUGGGAAAAUCUGUCGUUUACAUCAAUAUUUAACUUGUUACUUCGCCCCUCCUCUUCACUCAGCAGUCACUUAACCAAAGUGACAGAGAAAAUCGUUCUAGCCCUUGUCACCAAGAGCCUCCUUUCCUCCUAGCUCUCCUUAUUUAAAUGUUUUUUUAAAAAAAACAGGACAUGGCAUUCACUUCUCCCCUUGAAAUAAGAAUUUUUAUGGGUUUUUCCUAAAAGCAAACUUAUACCCUAAGAGAAACCACCAAACCCUUUUUUACAAAUAAGGCUGUGUUUCCUUUCUCUGUGGAUAGGAAGUUUGAGGACACACAUCGAUUGUGUUUCAGAGGGCCUUUCAGCAGCAUAUUGAUCGCGCGUGUGAACAAGGCUGAUGGCUGCUUUUGAUGGCGCUUCUGGGAUUCUGUUAGGCAUUCUAAAAGCUUCUGUGCUCAGGGAUUACAUUGCUGUGGACCUGUAUUUUUGUAGCCUUUUCCAAGAAGAAACAAUCUUCUACUAGAAUGGAGGGAGGAGGAGAGACAUGCACCAUUCUGUCUCACCCGCCACCACGUGGGCUAAUCACCGUUUGAAACUCAUGGAGCCGUUUCCACCACCACCCUUCUUCAAUGAUGGAGAGCCCAAAUCUUAAUUUGACAUGGCCAGUCAGGCGUGUGUGUGUUCCUCAUGUUGCAACAAGCCAGGGGAAUUCUUAACUACUUGUGUCUGCAUUAGACUAUUAAAAAAAAAUCACAGAAGGAAGAAUGAGCUGAUGGGAGCUUGAGCAAUGAAAAGCAGGUGCAGAAAUUCUGCUUAAAAAUGACACUGAACUUCAGUCAGUAAUUUUCCAGCAAAGUCAGAACGUGCACCUUCAUCAUGCACCUUCAGGCACCUUUUGUCCAGAAUCCCUCUAGAAAGGCAAAUGGGAUUCAUUUGGGAAUAAAGCCAGAAUGAAAGCUGGCCCAUGUGU